GCCCCAAAGGCGGAAGCGGAAUCUGGGCCACUCCUCCAGGCGUGUGAAAGGGUUUUGGGCUUACCGGUGCACUCUUGAGCGGUCCGGAUUCCUCUGGUGCAUGGACCGCACGUGUGAGGAGAGGCCUGUGGAGGAUGAGAACGACGAGGAAGACCCCAACUCCACGGAAGCCCCAAUCCGCAUCCGGGACACUCCGGAAGACAUCGUGCUGGAAGCUCCAGCCAGUGGGCUGGCGUUCCAUCCGACCCGCAACCUUCUGGCGGCGGGGGACGUGGACGGGGACGUGUACGUCUUUUCCUACUCCUGCCAAGAGGGAGAAACCAAGGAGCUCUGGUCUUCAGGUCACCACCUCAAAUCCUGUCGAGCCGUGGUCUUCUCUGAAGAUGGGCAGAAACUUGUUACUGUCUCCAAGGACAAAGCCAUCCACGUUCUAGAUGUGGAGCAGGGCCGACUGGAAAGACGCAUAUCCAAGGCUCAUGGUGCCCCCAUCAACAGUCUUCUGCUGGUAGAUGAGCAUGUCCUGGCCACUGGGGAUGACACAGGUGGCAUCCGGCUCUGGGACCAGCGGAAGGAGGGCCCCUUAAUGGAUAUGCGGCAGCACGAGGAGUAUAUUGCCGACAUGACUCUGGACCCAGCUAAGAAGCUGCUGCUGACAGCCAGUGGGGAUGGCUGCCUUGGUGUCUUCAACAUCAGGCGACGCCGGUUUGAACUGCUCUCAGAGCCUCAGUCUGGAGACCUGACCUCGGUCACCCUCAUGAAAUAUGGAAAGAAGGUGGCCUGUGGCUCCAGUGAAGGUACUAUAUAUCUCUUCAACUGGAACGGCUUUGGAGCCACAAGUGAUCGGUUUGCCCUAAGAGCUGAGUCUAUUGACUGCAUGGUUCCAGUCACAGAGAGCCUGCUGUGCACUGGCUCCACUGAUGGAAUCAUCAGGGCUGUCAAUAUCCUUCCAAACCGAGUGGUGGGCACUGUGGGCCAGCAUGCUGGAGAGCCUGUGGAGAAGCUGGCCCUUUCUCACUGUGGCUCCUUCCUGGCCAGCAGUGGCCAUGACCAGCGCCUUAAGUUUUGGAACAUGGCGGAGCUGCGGACUGUGGUAGUGGAUGACUACCGCCAGCGGAAGAAAAAGGGAGGGCCCCUCCGGGCCCUAAGCAGUAAGGCUUGGAGCACAGAUGACUUCUUUGCAGGACUGAGGGAGGAAGAAGACUCCACAGCUCAGAAGGAAGGGGAGGAGAGUGAGGAUGAAAGUGAUUGAGGGGAUGAGGUCAAUCUCAAGAUGGGUCCUCCCUGGGGAAGUCUUGCUCCUGGGCUGGAUACCAGAGAGGCUAUUUAUUUAUAAUACUCUUGUGCAGCACACAAGAUGCAUAGCUAGAGAUGCAGGACCGAGGGCGCUCGUGACAAAGCACUUGCCUUGUAGCGGCUACUCACUAUACCAGUGUAAGAGAAACCCGCAGCUGGGGCAAGACAGCACAGACACAGGUGUACACCAACCAGGGGUUUAAUAUAAAUACAACCAGCAUAGAAAAACCCAACAUCACACACCAGAAUGUAAAGUACUGGGGACAGAAAGCAGAUUUCUGAACCUUUGGCUCAGCCAGCCCCCAAAUAAAAUCAACAAAAAUGACAAAUCAACAAAAUAAGAAGUGAGAUUCAUAUUAAGCUGUGGGAGGAGGAGGAAGGUUUGUGUAUGUAUCACACAGAACGGCCAAGGAAUACCAAAGGGCCAAGGUUAGUCCCUGGGCUGGGAGGGGCAUGGCAAGGUCCCUCACCACAACUCAGCGAAACCAGAGCUGUCCCAGGUGUACUGGGGCCCUGCCCCAAAGGGGAGGCUGUGUCAGAGGUAGGGCAGAGCCCAUGUUCCUCCCCCUUUGAAAUCAGAUGGUGGCUGCCCAGGCCUGCUGGGCUGGGGCCUGACACAGGCUCUGUCAACUCGUUUGGGCUGCCUGUGAAGAGGACAUGGUCACUGCUUAACCACGGUACCUGCCUCAGCCCCACCAGUCGGUAGAAGACUGGCUCUAGAGGCACUCAGUGCCUCUAGCAACCUUGCAGACACAGCAUCCUUAGCCAUCUCAUGCCCAUUCUGCACAUCUGGGGCCAGCACAACCCAGAUGAGGCCACUGAAGGGCACUGGAUGCCCAGGGAUCACCACCUGGUACCAGAAGCGGUGCCAGCCAGCAGGGCCCAUGCCCAAACACUUGGUGAGGAACACAGGGCUGCCCAGCUUCAUCCGCUGGCACAACAGCUGCAGGGCACCCCGAGCCCCUUGGGACUCUAGCUUGUCCCUGGCCAGGGCCAACCGACUGCCCUCUGGCUGUAGGCACUGCAAGGAGGGGCCCACCAGCUGCUGGCGGAGUCGCUGCUUCAGAUCUGGCUUGAGCCACUCCACGGCCACCUGCUCUCCACAGAGGCGUGACUGCCCUGCAGAAAAAAGGCAGAGACAAGGGCAGGUCGAACCCCUGGAUCCUGAGCCCCCAAGCCCUAUCAACACAAGCCUGUUUAAUUUCUAGCCUCCCCAUUUCCUGGUAGUGUAACCUUGAGCAACUUCUCCAGGCUUCAUUGUGUUUCUUUGUAAAGGGGGUGUAGUAACUGCUAUCUCCUAAAUUUCCUUGUUGGAAUGCUGGUUGAUGCGGGCUUUGUCUACCUUAUAACCAUCAUAAUAGCUAACCUUUACUGCGAAUACCUGCCAAGAAUCAGGGAAUGUGCUAAGUGCCACCUAAUUCUCAAAACAGCCCGAGGAAGGAAGUUCUACAGUAGAUAAAAGGUAGACUCGGUAGGACUACCUUGGGCGGACUACCUUGGGCGAAUCAACCUCAAAACUGUCUCUUUUCAUAUCUAAAGAGGAAGAUCAGUCUGUGUGUGUCACUGGGAUGCUGAUUAAGUUACAAGAUAAUGCCUGGAAAGCUUUAAAGUUACCAUAGAUGGUAGCUGGUAGGUAGCACAAACGGAAAUUUAAAAAUCUCAGGUUAAAUAGCAUGAGGUCGAAAACUCAGGGAUUCUUAACGCUACUAUCUUGCUCUUUACCCUAUAUGCUAACGUGUAAAAGUGCACGGCAUAAUGUGUUUGGCCCCAACCAGCGGCCCCCCCACCGCCUAGCUCCCAUACCUUCCACUAGGGCUUUUUUGGCCAUGGCGGCGGCGCGGUGCGAGUUGAACUUCAGCAGCGCAAUUUGCGCGGGCGCGGGCCCAGGGCUGGGCAUCAGCAGCGCCUCCUGCAGGCCGGGACCCAGGGGCUGCAGCGCGAGCAGCAACGCGCGGCGACUCAGCCCCGGGGGCAGCCCGUCCACACUCAGCUCGCACUUCUCAGUACUGCGGCACACGAGCAGCGGGCAGGAGGGCCGCAGCGGGUGGUUGUGCAGCGUGGCGAUGGCGGCCUGGGCGCCGCGCCGCGAACUGUAGCGGGCGUAGGCGAAGCCACGGUUUAGGCCGCUGAAGGUCAUCAUCAGGCGGAACUCGUAGAGCCGGCCCACGCGCUGGAACAGUGGGAUCAGCUGGUGCUCGUACACGUCUUGGGGCAGCCGCCCGAUAAACACCUCUGAGCCGGCCGGCGGCGGGCUGCCCACCCAGCCUGGGGGAAGUGGGUGGGAAAGGGGCACCGUCAACCUACCGCAUGGUUCCAGGUUCGAACCCAGGAACCCAGCGCGAGAGAGCCCAUGUGCAAACAUCUGUGAAACGGGCGCAACACUCGCACCCCGACUCUUAGGCAUAACUAGGCGCCCGAACUAACAACGGGGCUAGCACAGAGUAGGUGCACCUUAAGACCGGCACCCUCCCUCGAGGGGGCGGACGGGCGGGGUGGGUGGAGAGCUACGGACAAGUUGUCUCAGCUUCUUGGGUGGAAGGGGUGCAACGGGUUAGAGGUUUCUGACUGCACAGCCCCGGGAUAGAACACCGCCCCCCCCCCCCCCCCCCCGCCCCCCAGAGGGUGCCAGCCGGGACCGUCAAGGAUUUUGUAGGGUGGGACUACCGUACCUGGGGGUGGCCCGCCAUACUUCCUCUGCCCGUUCACCUGCACCAGGCGGAUGCCCGUCUCCCUGACCCAUGCCUCCAAAGCUGCCUUGUUUUCCGGAUUCACCCUCUCACACCACAGCUGAAGGGGAAAGGGCUGGUUGGAAUGGCGGAUCACCGCGCCGCCGCCACCUCGCCUGUGGAGCUGCAGCUCAAGGAGUCCCCACUCCCAGCGCUGGUGGCGCUUGUCGACCCCAUCUCGCUAACCACCUUACCUCACAUUCCCGCUUGGACUGCAUGGCUAUCCCGCCAGCUACUCUGUACUCGCUUUAUAACCUCCUCCCCCCGUCUGCCUCUGGAAGCUUCCCUACCCCUCCACCCCCCAAGCUCUCAUUGGCUCUGAACACGACCCCGCCUCCCAAGGGGGUGGGGGUAUCCACUGCACGUGCGCUGCGGAAACCUCCUACCCGCAGGUGAAAGCUAGGAACCUUAGCGGGUGGAUGUGCUCGCAGUCUCACCUCCUAGGGCAUGGAUGUGCGCUGGCUGGCGGCACCCUUCACCCUGCGGAAGAGCUCGUGGCGCCUAAUGUAAGUUCUUCUCCCCAUUUUACACCGCUUAAGUGGUUGAAAUGGGAGGCCCAGGCUCCCACAGGGAAAGACAGGGCUAAGCAAUAGUGACACAGGCAGGCUCCAGUGGUUGAGUCAUUUUAUUGGACCUUUGACGGUUGGCUGUGGAGAGCAUUCCCUCCAUUUGGUUAGCAUCCUACAGGGGAGACCUUAGGAUGGGUCCCUGUAGUGCAGACUGGACUAAACCCCCAGGACCUAUGAAAAAUGGUGUAAUACCUGACCAUUUUGGCCUGUGAUUACCAAUAAAAUAAUGAUAAUAAAAA